AUGGCACAUAGCCGCACACAAGGAGCUGCUGGAGAGGGCCGCCGCUUUCCUGCUCGCGAUCCGUCUGCCAGCUCUCGAGCCUCGGCCGAUGCACAUUCGCCGCCAUUAGGCCCUUACCCCAGCGCGCUCGAGGAGCACGUCGCUGAAGACGCAGAGGAGCGCUCUGCAGCUACUGAGGCGGCGGCCCAUGCAGCGGCGCCUCGCUCAAGCGCUGCACAGGAAAGGCAGAGGGUUGGGGGCGAGCCUUUUGCGGCGGAAAGGCAAACGCCUUCUCCCACAGGGCUCCCCGCUGCUGCACAGGCGGGGGAGAAGGCCCCCAAGCUGGCAGCAAGCGUCUGCGAGCCCUCCUCUUCCUCGGGCCUUCCGGGAGCUCUCGAACUGCGCAGCUCCAUCAGCCAGCAGCAGACGCCAGCGGAGACACUCCCCUGCCAAGGCGGCGCUGCAAGAGCACAAACGCGCGAGAACGUCGCACCGGGGGCCACAAACCCACAGCCCCCUCUGCGGGCAGUGGAGGCGGCGGGUGAGAGCCCCCCCGCAACGCUGACAGCGGCAGUCUCGGAGAGCGAAGAAAGGGGAGAGCAGCGUGGCGUACGCAAUAGCUCCAUCCAGCAAGCUGAGUCCUCUCCUCCGGCCGCUGAGGGCCAGGUGGCGCUAGACCCUGCGCCCUUGAGGGCAGCAGCGGAAUUCCUUGCCUCGGCUCUCCUGACACAACUUGAGGGUCGGACCAGUGCAGUAGAUCCGCUGAAGGAGAAAAAGGAUCUUAACGCUGCACAGGGGAGGCCCCCAUUGAGGACCUCCGAGCCGGCGCACCGAGGGUGGGUGCGGUCCUUUCUGACAUCGUUUAGCGGCCAGGGCGCGAGUCCUUCUGCGGGGCAUCCAAGCGGAGGACGGGGGCCCCUAGGAGGGCGUUCUUAUGCGGAUUCAGGUGCGUGCGAGAGCGGCUUGCCGGUGCAGAGCCCUCUUACAGGCGACGGGUCCGCGACAGGGGGCAAGUUGGAGGCCUGCUGCACUGGAGAGGGUAGGGGUCUAUCGGACGCCGUGGAGGAAAGUGCUGGACGCGGUGGAGUGGCUGCCCGCUGGCAGCUCCGAGGGUCGCAGCAGGAGGCACACGCAGCCUUCGGCGAAGGCGCCGCGCAGGUGGAGGCUCGCUUCCUGGAUCUGCUGCAGGAGGUGCACAUUGCACAUCCCCGGGCCUCUGGCAGUUCGAUGCCUCUUUGGGGAGUAUUAGGAAUCACUGUGGACGACAGCCCUGACGUCUCGGCGCAGGAGUUGCGCGAAGGCGGUGCCGCAUCCGCGGAGCGGCAUCUCCAAAGGCUGUCGGAUAGGGAAGGCCCUCCUGUUCUCUCCGGCACCUUCGUCCAGCAGCACACGCAGAAGAAGCGCUUCCAAGCUCUUUGUUUGCUGACCGGAACGCAGGCGUUUCAGUCUUCAGUUGCGCCCUUGGCCGUCCGCGCACUGCUCGACGCCGUAUCCUCGGAGCAUGCGGAAACCAAACUGGGGGCCGUAGAGGCUCUGGCCCGGCUGACCCGCAGGGAAGGAGACUCCGAGGUGUUGUUUUCGGUGGUAUCGCGGGAGCUGCAGAGGAAAGGAGAGGGGUCCGAGGAGCCCUUCCGCUGUCGGCUACAAGAGGGCCUUGCUGCAGCCAUAGUUGCGCCCUACCGCCGAACGGGGUGGUGGAAGGGCUGCGGGGGGGGGGUUGUUCUCGACAACACAGCGGCUCUUGAGCGGCUGCAGAUCGCCGCUUUGGACUUUUUGUAUGCCUUGUGCAUGAAUGAAGAGGCCGUCAUCCAGCACCUCCGCGGCUGUGCGUCUCUGAAAGCAUCUCUCAAAAAGGUCAUUGAAUUCUGCUCCGGCAAGCUCUCUCCGUCAAGGCCCUUCUCCGUGCCUUUGGGGCCGUCGGUUGUGACAGAUGCGGAGGGCGCACGUUCUUCUGGAGCGGCCAAUGAGGCCUCCACUGUUGCUGCCGAGACAUCCGAGUUGCCACGCGUUUCCCACAUGCUCCCCCCGAUAGAACGGCACCAACGAGCACGCUUGCAGCACGCGAGGCCUUUGCGGUUGGCAACGGUGCUAGCCUCGGCCCUCGGCGAGGGCCCCCAGUGGCGCCCGCGUGUGCCAGGGCAGCGGGGCCUCCGCAUUCUCGCGCUCGAUGGGGGCGGCACGAGGGGCGUCCUUACAGUGGCGCUCUUGAAGGAGAUCGCUGCGGCUGUAGGGACGGCCGAGCUCAGUGGCAUCUUUGAUAUUAUCUGUGGGACGUCGACGGGGGGCGUCAUUGCUCUUCUCCUCGGGCUCGAGAGGGCGACUACCGAGGAACUGGAGGCCCUUUACGACGCGCUUAUUAGCGAGAUUUUUGUGAAGGACUCGGCGGCGGUGGCGGGGGCCCGCCUGGUCGUACGGCAGGCGUAUUACGACGAGAGCCUGUGGGAAUCGCUGCUCCUCCGCGCCUUUGGAGACACCCGGAUGAUUGAUUUUGCAGCAGACACCUCUGUGCCCAAGGUCUUUUGCCUCUCCACGAGAGUUUCAACCAACCCAGCCAAGCUAGUAGUCUGGCGGAACUAUAAUUACCCGCAUCUGCCAGCCGCCGGGACGAGUCCGUCGGAAAGAGGCCCGCAACUGGCAGGCAGCGGGCUUCGCCGGAUUCUGAGCCUCUUCAAAAGGUCCUCAGGGCAGCCCUAUGGCUGCAGUUCGCGACUCAGUCCAGCCACUGGCCAAGCGGCUGAAGGGGCGCGGUAUGAGGGCUCGUGCUGCGUGCGUGUGAGGGACGCCCUAAGGGCGACGACCGCGGCUCCUGGCUUCUUCAGCGGCAAGAAGAUGGGGAGAGAGCUGCUGGCGGAUGGGGCCCUGCUAGCAAACAAUCCGACGGCUGUGGCCAUCGCAGAAGCCCGGGCGCUGUACCCUGGGGUGCCUAUUGAGUUAGUGGUCAGCGUUGGUACCGGGAAGUGCGCCUCGGAGCGGUGCGAUACGCGGACGGGGUGGGAUGGCAUCUUCACGCAGCUCGUGAACGCAGCCACCAACACGGAGACCAUCCACGAACUGCUGACGGAGCUGCUGCCGCCGUCCAUCUACUUCCGCUUCAACCCGGAAAUCGACACUGUAUCCAUCGACGAAACCUCCAAGGAGCGCUUGGACAAACUUAAGCUGGCGGCUCGGCGCUACGCGGAUGCCCCAAAGAACAAGGAGGCAAUUCAGCGGCUCGCAGAUAUCCUCAGGCCAGAGUACCCGCUGCAAAAGACGAGCCGCUCUCUAGUCCGCUCGCUCGCGGCGCACACUGCCGAAGCCGGGAAGUGGGUGUACUCCGCUGGAGCGCGGUCUCUCGGGGCCCUGCGAACUGCCAUGCAGGCUCCCGUAAGGCCUUCAGACUCGGCCUUUGUCAGGCUGGUCAAGUGCUGCUUCUUAGCGCCCGCCGAGGGCCAAAGCGCCGACAUUGGCGGCUCUCUGUGGCAGCGGUCACCGGAGAAGGAGGCCGAGGGGAGCCACGCAUGCGCGGAAGCCCCCACGGCGCCCAAGGCCUUUGCUGAGGAUGCGGAUCCGGGAGGCCCUGAUGACGAGCGUUCGAAGGCGCAAAGGCCAAGUGUGGAGCGCAAGAACGCGUCCGGAGAGGGGGGCUCAGAGGUAGGACUUGACGCGCCUCCAGAUGGCUCCCAAGACGACAGUACCCUGAAUCUGGGUUCUGAAGUCUUCUCGGGAGGGCGGCGUUCCUUUUUAGCGUGGCUGCUUCGCUACCCUCGAUCAAAGGCAGGGACCCCUUCGAACGGGGCCUUCGACAUGCUGGAGCUCGUGGGCAGGCUGAGCGUCCCUGCUUUAAAAACAGUCGCCUUAGGUGGCAACUCACAAAAAACCUACUAUGAAUUAUUUCUGACUAGUUCUAGUGUUCGAAAGACUACCGCGUCCUCUUGA